AUGAGUCCAACUUGACGCAAAGCAGUCAGAGCCCGCAUGUGAGCAAUGACGUGUUGAGGCGAUGACAUUGGUCUUGGCGCCACAAGAGGUUGUUGGCGUGCUGUCGGACGUGAAUUGGGUGGUCGAAGGGAAGGGAGCGACGCCUGAGGGACGGACGGGCCGAAAACGUCAUCGAGUGCGCUGAGGAGAGACGGCCCUGGAUGAGGACAGGUGACCAUGGCCGUGGGUGCCACGAGUCUGCUGGCAGGGUCAGACAGAGGGUCCAGCCCCGUCAGAUCAAUUAUGGGCGCAGCAGGAAAAACAGAGUGCAUUGGGAGGGAGGGUGCCUCCGCAACAUGCUGCGUUGAUUGAACAGGUGGAUGGUCAGUGAAAACUAACAUUGGAGCGGUCGAAGGGACGCCAAAUGCUUGGUUUGCUCGUGGACCAGGACCCUCGCCAUGUGCAAUAUCAGCGGAACCUGCGGGGAACCCGGUAGGAUACCCGGGAUGCCGAUGUACCCCGGGUAUCGUACCAACGUCGACGGGAUGCCGAGACCUACUCAGGACGGACCGACGGGCAUCCCGGGUCUCACGCGGCACAAAGUCACCGGGAGGAGGCAGAGGCUGGACUUCUGCCAGGAGAGCUUCAACAGACGGCAAAUCGCUUGAAGAGGAGGAGUCGCUAGAGUAAUCCUGGGACUGUUCACUGAUGAUCAUGUCCCGCACCAUCAGGCGGAGACGA